AUGGCUUUUAAUACGGAGCGGGUAACAACGGCGCCAAAUGUCAUCAAACUUUACUGUCUGGUAAGUAUGCUUACUAUAACGGAGAGAUUGGGCCCGGUUUUGUCCCCACCCCGGUUUUGUCCCCAAGACGGUUUUGUCCCCAGGACGUUUUUGUCCCCACUUUUUUCGAGCCUUUUUGUCCCCAGACCGGUUUUGUCCCCAGGACGGUUUUGUCCCCAAGACGUUUUUGUCCCCACUUUUUUUAUUUUUUUGUCCGCACACCGGUUUUGUCCCCAGGACGUUUUUGUCCCCAAGCUGGAUAGUACGAUCAAAAAUUAUGCAUUCAGAUGUUAAUGCUGUUGGUUUGGUGCACAGUACUGCUCAAACAACAUUUACUUAGCACUUGGUACUGUAUAGUACAAGGUGGUACUAUAUAGCACGAGGUAAAAACUAAGCUAUAACGCGUGAAUGACGUUGUUUUGGCAUGCAGUACUGAUCAGACGUUCACUUUGUGCAAAAACAAAUUCGUGCUAUAUAGUACCAUGUACUAAAACACAUUUUUGAGAAGUACUGGGCUUCAAACCCAUAGCAUUGACGUGUUAUGGCUUAGUUUUUACAUCGUGCUAUAUAGUACCACCUCGUACUAUACAGUACCAAGCGCUAAGAACAAGUUGUUUGAGCAGUACUGUGCACCAAACCAACAGCAUUAACAUCUGAAUGCAUAAUUUUUAAUCGUACUAUCCAGCUUGGGGACAAAAACGUCCUGGGGACAAAACCGGUGUGCGGACAAAAAAAUAAAAAAAGUGGGGACAAAAACGUCUUGGGGACAAAACCGUCCUGGGGACAAAUCCGGUCUGGGGACAAAAAGGCUCGAAAAAAGUGGGGACAAAAACGUCCUGGGGACAAAACCGUCUUGGGGACAAAACCGGGGUGGGGACAAAAACGUCCACUACGUAACGGAGACUGUUUCAAGUGUUGCGCUUCGAUCUUACACACUUUCUGAGAAGGCUAUCAGUAUGUCGGGAAAAUAAUGUGGAUUCCUCGAGCCUUGAAAUCGCCCAUCGUCGCUUUACGACGGCUAGCUGGAGAUUUGAUGCGCGAUAAGGCAAUAAAUUUUGCUGCGACAAGUCCACAUUAUUUUCCCGACAGACUGAUACAAAAGAGAAAUUUUUAGAUUGCUCUUUGCAGAAAUUGAAAAGAAUUUUAUUUCGGAAUCUGCUAAAUUCUCGAUUUUCACUUUCUAAGUUAUGGGUUCUGCAAGAAAUGAGGUGUACAUUUUUUUUGCAAAAGAUCACUUUUUUCAAAAAAAUCGCUACGUUAUGGUCAAAAUUUUCUUUUCCGGCCGAUCAUCCUCACUUUACGCCGUUUGUCGCCCAAAAAUCGCGAAUUAUCUCGGCCGCCCGUCCAAACUGCAAGCGAAACUUUUUAGGAGUCAAAUUUGGCCAAGUUAGACACUGUGUAUUACAUACUAUAUAACUGCAAAACUUGAAAAAACCGCAGAACCGCAGUUUUUUAGUCAUCUGAUUUCAAAAUUCUAAUUCGUAUUUUACAAAUCAAUUUCAGGUCGGAGUUCUGGUAAUCAUAUUUUCCGUUGGCGCAGCGUCUGUCCAACCGGCCGGGACGGGUUUCGUUUGGUCGAUUGCUAUUGCGAACUUGGUGCUGGGAAUCAUUCAAAUCCUGAUCUUGGGUGUGGAAAUCGACGACAUUGUCUUCCCUCGCAGAGGGUUCUUCUCAUGGCCGUUGUUGGUAAGGAAAUUGCUUGUUUUUCAAAAUCUUAGAGGUGUCUGACGAAGAAAUACGCCUUUGGCAGAAAUCGGGCGACAAAAAAGGCCUGAAACGUCUACUUUCCGUGCGUCGGGAAAAUAAUCAGCACUCUGGCACAUCGAAAUUUCGCCGUUGAGAAAAUAAAUUGUGUCGCGUCAAAUUGCUUUUCAGUUCAGCGAUACGCUAUGGGCAGCGACAUUAUGCUUAUUAUUUUCCCGACAGGAUGAUAAAUUCCUGUGAAAAGGGAAAUCAAAGUUUAGUUUGCGUGAUGAGAUUGCGCAGUGUUUUUUUCACUCGCACUGUGCUGAUUGUUUGCUUUGCAAACUCAAUUUGCGGCGUCGAGUGCGCUGUGCGAAAACACGUCAAGACUUUUAGGACCGACCAUAACGAUUUUGCAAAAGUUCGUAGACUUUUUGGUGUGGGCCAAAAACCCCUUUUUUUCGGCGUGCAUUUGAUCCUUUGCUCCGUGCAAAUGCAAUAUCGCAGCGACGCUUUUUCUCAACGGAGUCGGUGCGAAUUUUGGGCACGCGAAGAGAAAUUGCACAGUGCAAAAUGUUGCGAAAAGGAAGGUGUGGCGCAACAUGCAAUGUGUUGUGCCACAGAAAGCCGAAAAAAAAGUCUACACACUUUCUCGAACGACUAGUACCUAACGAAAUUGCCUACCAUGUCAUGUUAAAACCCAAUUCACUUUCAGGAAUGCAUUGUCUCAAUCUUCUUUGCCAUCACUCACUUUAUCUCCAUUUGGAUGUGUGCGAAUGGGGCUAAUCAAGGUGCUGUCACCGCCUACACCUUGGCUGGGGCAAGUUUUUUUUUUGGCAAUAAAGGGCGAAUCUCUCCAACAAGCCUUAACUUUGACUCUAAAUCUUUUCAGAUCUUUUCAUUUAUUGUCUCCGGCGCACACGUGUUCAACACAGUAAUCUUUGGACAAAUUUGGGCAGCAGAACAACAAAAUGGGCCAGGACAAGAUGGCCUGAUACAAUUCCAUGGCAGCUCGUAUGGAGCGCCAUAG